CUUGCGCUGAUUGCUUACAGUAAGAACUGAAGCAGUGUACAUGUCAGACAGUGCUAGUAGACGUUAGACAGCUUAAACGAGACACAUGGAAAAACAAAACUCAGCUGCCAUACUGCUCCUUAAGCAGGCUACAACGCUUAACAUCCAUACCGGGAACCUGGUCAACUGGAGCCGCCUGAAGAAAAAAUGCCCUUCUUCGACCAGCGAGGAGCUACAGGGCUGCAUUCGAGAAACCCUGAGUGAAUGGUGUACUAAAAUUGCCCCUACUCUGGAAAAGGAGGCUCCAAGCACACUGGAAUGCACACUAACCCAGGCAACAGAGGCCAUUACUCCAGAGGAAAGGGAAGAAUUGAAGGUUUCUGUGAAGUUAUUUCUCAGUGGAUCGGACCCCACUUCCAUCAGAAAGGCAGUAGAUCUGGCCUGUUCUACACUCGGGGUGUCUCAGCUGGACUCUGUGAUGAUCGCGCCCCCUCCUCUACCGGAGGGAGUCAGCCUGACCCUGGAACACCUGCAGCCUUAUUGGGAGGAGCUGGAGAACUUGCUUCAGAGCCACAAGAUAGCAGCCAUCGGCACUUCUGAUUUAGACAAGCCGCUACUGGAGCAGCUGUACACGUGGGCACAGGUAAAGCCCAGCAGUAACCAGGUGAAUCUGGCUUCCUGCUGUGUGAUGCCACCAGACCUGACUGCCUUUGCCAAGGAGUAUGAUAUACAGCUGCUGACCCACAAUGAUACCAAAGAGCUCAUCACUGAGACGAGCUUCCAGGAGUCUGUCAGCGAGGGUGUUAAGGAUGCCGUGGUAGCGGAUUGGUCGCUGGAGUGGGUUCUUCGCUACUCUAUCAUUGUCAAAAGCCGAGGCAUUAUCAAAUCCAAGGGCUAUCUUGUUCAAGCUAAAAGAAUCCGCUCUUAAUGUAAUGUUUAUGGCGACAGUAGGAAUGCAGCUGAAUAAAGCUACUCAAGCUCACUUUUUUACAAAA